AUCCUCUCCUCACCCCUUUCAGGUUGGUGCAUCGUCACGGAUCUGCGUUAGGGCAGGGACAGUUCCUCAGCUCCGUGCGGCGGGGGAGGUAGUAGUUUGACGAGAGCAGAGGAAGGUGCAACAACGCAGAGCAUCAAUAAUUCACUGUCACGCACAAGUACGAAAAGGAGCCCAUGGAAUGAAGCAGUCCUGACAUGCAAAUGCUUACCAGUUGCUACCCAAGGCAACAGUGAAACAAGGAAGAAAAUAAAUGUACAACAAGUAAAUUGACAACAAAAUCAUUUGGUCAAGCAAAUCUAAAAUGGAGCAGGAAGAGCAAGUGGUCAUGCAGGAAUUGGUAGGCAGAAUUACUGUUUAUACCAUUACGGGAUGUCUUCAUUGCCUUAGAGCAAAGGCUCGUCUGACCAAUGAGGGUCUCCCAUUCGUUGAAGUAAAUAUAAAGGAUAAUCCUGAAAUAAGGGAUCAGAUUAUCAACCUCACUGGGCGUCACACUGUACCACAGAUAUUCUUCAACAACAAAUUUAUUGGAGGAAAUGAAGAUUUUCAGAAAUUGUCACAGGAAGAACUUAACAAACUGAUUGAACUAGUUAAGCAUGAAGCCGCACCUUCUGAUGCUCCUCCACUCCCUGAACCAAAAGUUGUUGAAGAUGAGGAACCAAAGGAAGAACUGAAAAGUGAAAGAGAUGAAUUUGCAGAUCUGAUAUUGGAAUUCAAACAUAGUGGCAAUAUUGGCAGUCACUGGUCAUGUCUCAAACAUCACCACAAGACCUUUACUGGCAAAAACCUGGUUGCCUGGCUGGUCAAUUAUAAAAGCCUUGACAAAGCUGCAGCAAUUGAAAUUGGAAACAAUCUGAUAAACAGAAAGUUUUUUAACCCUCUGAGUGAAAAAAGAUUUGAAGAUAGUGACGCCCUGUACAGAUUGGUGGAGGAUGACUCUGCAUCAGCAUUAAAUUCUGGAGCCACAGCAGAAUAUCGAGCAGUUUCCGCAUCUAGACAUUCUGAAGUUAUGAGAGAUUUAAUUCUGAAGCUGUUCUCAGAACACAUUACACCUGAUGGCAAGUUUGUGGAUUACAAAUCCAUGGCUGAUAGUCCAUCCUUUGAGGAGUAUUGCAAACUUGCAAUACAGCUUCAGCGGCUGAAGUUUGAUGAUCUCAGCAGAAAUGAGAAACUGGCAUUCUUCAUCAAUGUGUACAAUGCAUUAGUAAUUCAUGGAAUUAUUAAAUACAAAGCACCAAAGAACAUGUGGCAGAGAUAUAAAUUUUUUAAUACUGCAAGUUAUGUGAUUGGUGGAGAAGUCUUUACACUGCAAGAUAUAGAAAAUGGUGUACUGCGGGGGAACCAAAAGGGCAUUGCUCAAUUGACAAAACCUUUUUCAAAGGGUGAUCCACGUCUCAAGGCUGCACUGGAGGAAGUGGAGCCACUGAUUCAUUUUGCUUUAAACUGUGGAGUUCAAAGCUGUCCUCCCAUCAAGACCUACUCUGCGAAGGACAUCGAACACCAAUUAAAGAUUUCAGCUGAAGCUUUUCUUGAUGGUGCUGAAAGCUGUCAAGUUGAUGUGGCCAAAAAGGAACUUCGUCUGAGUCAAAUUUUCAAAUGGUACAAAGUUGAUUUUGGUGGAACAGAUGAAAAGUUGCUGCAAUGGGUGUUCGAGCACCUACAAGAUUCACCAAAGAAGAAAGCACUGAAAGAACUCAGGGACCAUGAAAUCGUCAAAAUUGUUUAUCUUCCAUAUAACUGGUCAACAAAUUCUAAGGACUGAUGCUGGCGGGGCAUGGAACUUAUUGCCUGAUGCCUAAAUUAUCCAACUAUGCUUAUCCAAUCAAAUCAGUUUGAAGUAGCUUCACUUAUGAAUUUCUGACCUUACAGAUUUAAUCCACUGUAGACUUGUGCUGUAACUUAAUCAAUGUGAUGGCGUAAUUCAGAUUUCCUGUUUUUGAACUACUAAUUUCCAUUCUUUUGAUCAUUCUUUGAAAAUGAUUUUAUUUCUGAAUUUAAUGUUGAUUAAUUGAUUGCAAAACAGUAGUUUUUUACAAUUUGAAUUCUUAGUUUCAAUAGAGAAAUCUCAUCUAUUUUAAGGUUUUGUUUCAUGGAAUUAAAUGGACCAUGAGAACUUGUUUCAACAAUGUAGGUCAACAAUUUUUUUAAAAAUAUCUCUGUGUAACACCAAACAAAGAAAUUCUCCUUGACCUUGUUUCAGCUCACUUGGACUAGAGUACAUUUUGUAUUGGUGUCUUUGCCAUUAGCAACUGUUACCAGGCACUUAUCCAAGAAAGAAUUACUCAACUGCCAGUGGGUUUUAGAGCUAGAAGACAUUUUAAAAGCAAAUUGUAGGUGAGAUUUAUUGGCAAGAUAUUGAUACAGCAUAGGGAUGAAAAUCAUGGUUUUAAGUAGUUUGAAAAGAAAGUUUCAGAAAAGAAGAAAUCUGGCAAGACUUAAUCCUUUCUAGCACAUUUGGAAAAAAUGUUACUGUUGUCUACAGUAAAUAUUUCCUUUCAGAAAUUCCUACUUUUGCAUAAAUUAUUAGGCUCAAUUUAAACUAAUACAAUCAACCGCUCAUAACAAGAUUUACUAACUUGAACUCAGCAAUUACUUGUUAGACCACAAGACACAGAAGUAGAACUAAGCCAUUCAGCCCAUAUUCUUCUCUGCCAUUCCAUCAUGGCUGAUUUAUUAUCCCCCUCAAACCCAUUCUUCUCCCUUUGCCCUAUAAUCUGUGACACCCUUAUUAAUCAAGAACAUCUCCAUUUUAAAUAUACCAAAGUUCUAAACUACCAGCUACAUUGCAGCAAACACACGGCUUCAGAGGGCCUAUGCUUCAGUUAUGCUGGCAUUGCAUAUUUUUUUUUGUAACCACUUGUGUUCAACACCAGACAUAAUUUAGUGGCUGGAUGGUUCAGGCAAGUUUCACAUUGCAGUAAGAGUUAGUUACUCUGUUUGUCUCAUUAUGAUGUAGCUUAUAGAAAUAACACCAGGGUUUGGUCAAUAGUUUUACCCAACACAGAUGGUUCUUGCCAAAGUCAGGACAGCCCCAAAUAAUUACCAGGCAGGCAUCUGCACAUUUGGAGGAUACACCUAUUUAAACUCAAUUUUAGUAUUUUCCUUUCAUAGAGUACAUGGGAAUGCGUAUGGUCAUUUUAAAAUGUCUCAGGCAGAUGUUACAAGAUGACAUUUAUUUUAAACAGAAAACUUUCUGUUGAAUGAACCAUAUCAGAGCAUAAAGUUUCGCUUCAACUUAUCUGAACUUUCCAAACCAAUGAAUUCUGUUCAGUGUUAGUGGUUACAAACAAAAACUUUUGUUGGCCAGAAGGAACUCGUCUAUAAAUUAGUGGAUUUGAAUGAAUCAAGGACAGUGGAAGUUGACAAAGAACUAUAGUUUACAAAUUAGGGAAUUUGGAUGAAUCAAGGACAGGGGAAGCAGACAAACCAAUCAUCUUUGAUCUCCCCCCCCCCCCAAUCUUUUGACCUCUGAACUGAUUCUUUUGCUGGGAUAAUCUAACCAGAGCAAUUUAAUGUGGACACGGAGCUUCAGAGAAUGGCCUGCUAAACCCAAGAUCAUUCUCGGACAAGUAGCUAUUUAUUAUGUAAAGUGCCAGACCUACCAAAGCAGCAUUCUAAUCUCAUUAGGUUCAGUGUCUGGGUUGCUUGGUUUAACUGGUUUGGACCAGCCAGAGUUAGAAGAAACAAAUAGACACCAGUGGGAGGUGGAGGAAAGAACCAUAAAACAUUGGUGGCAGCCCUGGAAUAGAAACAGGAAGGUGAGCCAGGUAGGUCAGGUGACCUUGAGCCAAUGAGGGGGGAGGUCCACCAAUUCAACUGAUGAGGAACACUGUAAGAGUCAGGAGCUCCAAAUACUUAACAGCGAUAACUCCCCAGCAACCAGAGACGAACCAUUGUGGAUAAGGAAGACCCCACGGACAGAUGGAGAUCAGGACCACGAGGAAUGCCCAGCCAGUGUAGAUUCCUCUCUGGAGUAAUACCUUUUCUUUUCAUUGACUGCUCAGGGAAUUCUUGUGGGUGUGUGCACAGUUAGUUUGUGAACCCAAGUGCUUUUUAGUUGAGACAAUAAAGGUUACUUGUUGGUUAAUACAG